UGCAUUUCCUCUUUGUUGAUGUGAGUUUCAUCAGAGUAAGUCAAUUUUUGUGUUUUCUGGAGGGGUGUGCGGGGGUAAUUGGGAUACAAGUGAAUUGCUUGUUCAUUUACUGUGGAUGAUAGAAGCUUUCCUGAUUCAACUUACUCUAUUUUAGGUUUAGAGACUUCAACUUUUGUGAAGCUGUCUUGCUGCUAUUGCUUUUCUGUUUUUCCUAAUAGAUGUGGAAAUUAAAAAUUUUGUUUGCUAAGUGUAGUUUAGGGCUUUCCCUGACUAUUCUAGUCCGAAAUCUAUUAACAUAUGCUCAUUGCAUUUCUAUUUCUAGAUUGCUUCACUUAUUCUUUGAAUUGGAUGUUUCUCUCUUUAUUUCUCUUUCCAUUUUCUUAGUUAACUUAAAUUCAAUUGGUUAUAUGUUUUGCUUCUGCGGACUAUCUGAAGCCUGAAUAGCUUUUAGAUUUAGUAAAAUUUUAGUUUUUGAAUGUUAUAUUUUGGGAGGCAGUUAGUAGAAGAAUUAAUUCUUUUAAUUUGGAAGUGGAAGUGUUCUAACAAUGUUUAUAUCCAAUUACUAUCUAGCAUCUUGUGUUGUUGCGUGCAUCUUAAUGGUUCUAAGGUUCUUAAACCAGUGAAAUAAUAUCAAGAGUAUGAUUUCUCAAUGAUUUCAGCUUACAAAUGUAAUUUCACUAAUUUUAUACAAUUUUAAAAAUAUAAAUUUAUGUGAUUAUUGAUUUCAUAGGUUUCAUACGCUUCUUUUAUGUCAAAUUGACACUAGUCUGGAUUACUGAAUGGAUCUUGUGCAGCAUGAUGUUCAUCCUCUGGCAUGUAGUUUUCAAUAAAUUUUAUCUUCUCUUUUCUAUUGUGAGUUACAUUAAAAAUGUUGAGUAAGUUGUCAAUUGCAUAUUCUGAUUGUCUUGUUUGAAUAUUUCUAAGUCUGGGGAAUGGAGGCUAAGGAACUGACCGUAUAUGGAGGAAUGGAAAUGUCCUCUAUUUCUCAACUCACUAAGCCUUAAUCCCAAGUUAAUUGGGGUCGGUUAUGCGGACUAUCCUUCUCUACUCCGAAGAAUUUUUUGGGUUACAUCUUCAGAAGGAUAUAGAGCCACUAGAUCAUCUUGUGCGACUUUUCUCUUAAGAGUUUCAAAAAGAUGACAGUUUUGAAAAGGUAUGUGUUGAGGAUGUUUAUAUCAUUGAAGUACAUUACAGCAAAUGUUGUGGACCGAAACAAUGGAAGGAUUGUUGCGACAGCAUCAACAGUCGAACAUUCUAUCAAGAACACACUUGAGUGUGGUCGGUCAUGCAACGCCAAAGCGGCAGCAAUUGUUGGAGAGGUGUUGGCCAUGCGACUCAAGGUGGAGGGACUCGAACAAGGACAGGGAAGAGGAAUUCAUGUUGAUGCAAACAAAGAGGUUGAGAAAAAAGGUUUUAAAAACCGCACGAAGAUUUGGGCUAUUAUUAAUGCCCUUAGAAACAAUGGAGUUAAAGUCAUUUCAAAUGAUAAUGACGAAAAUAAUAAAUCUACAACAAAAUUCCCGUAAAAUUUUAUUGCAGUCUCCUAUUUGUUUUCUUGGUGGAAGAAGCAUGUAAACUGUUCUCUUGGCAAGAACAGAUGGUAGUCUGCACCUGUUCUAUUGUUAUGUGAACAUAUGAGAAUGGAUGCUUAGUUGUAGUAAAAUGAGGAGAACAGGAGCAACAAACAGGCAAGUAGGCCCAAUCCAGCAAAAUUGUGGACUGCGGGGUCCAACAAUAUGCACAAAUAGUUCAAGAUCAUUCAGACAUGAAUUUUACUUGCCCUUUGCCUUGUGCAGAAUAUGCUACAAAGAAGGCCUAAAAAAUUCACUACCAGCACUUUGGGGACCAUCUUGCCAAGAUCCAGCUGGUUUAUCUUCUUUUUUAAAUGAUAAGGGAAGUUAAUGGGAAA